AUGGGCAGGUCUCACUUUCCAACAGAGACGCUGGUCGGCGCAAAAUUCAACUGGGCCAAAAGAUACUCAAAAACUUCUGCUAUUCUGUCCAAAAUCCCUCUACCCACUAGCCAUGAGAACAUCUACACUCUACCCAAUAUCCUCACGUUCACCCGACUAGUUGCGGCUCCUCUGGUAGGAUACUUCCUGGUGCAAGGCCAUCAUACGGCUGCAUUGGGUCUUUUCGCGUACGCCGGCAUCACGGAUCUUGUGGAUGGUUACAUCGCACGUCGAUGGAACCUGCAGACGGUUGUCGGAACGAUUAUUGAUCCUAUGGCUGACAAGUUACUGAUGACUAUCGGUGUUGCCUGUCUUGCUGUCAAUGGAUCAAUCCCUGUCUGGCUCGCCGUUAUCAUCCUCGGCCGUGACGUUGGCCUGGCCAUCUCGGCCAUUUACUACCGAUGGAUCUCCCUUCCUCCGCCCAAGACCAUGGCCCGGUACUGGGACUUUUCUCUUCCGUCUGCCGAGGUCAAACCUACAACAGUAUCCAAGGUCAACACUGCCUUGCAGCUUCUGCUCGUGGGCACCGCAAUCGGUAUGCCUGUGCUUCCAGAGACCGUAAUAAAUGCAUGGCAUUUGAAGGAUACCAUGACUGCAUUCCAGGUGUGGAAAAUAGGGCUUCCCGUCCGCUCAGCCGUACUCAAGCCACACGCCGGGAGGUUAGUAGUUGGAUACCUCGUUGCUGGAACCACCAUCUGGUCGGGUCUUAGCUACGUGUUUUCCAAGGAUGCCGUCAAGAUUUUGACGAAGGAAGAGGUUCAAAAGCGCAUUGCGAGGGCGGCAGGGAAGAAGUAG